AUGCACCAGUCCUUCCACGGGAACGGCACGGACGAUUCUCUGUUGGAGCUCUCGGAAAGCUCCGAGCGGGUGGACUGUGCUUCCGUGGACAACGUCCUCAGCGUCACACUCGAUAACAGCUCCGACAAGCUGCCCGGGCAGCCGUGGGUGCAGAGUGGUGCGAGUACUGGCACCAGCACUGGCUCAAGCACAUCCUCCACGCAGACAAGGGCCAAGGGCGGAUUCGAAGCGGAUGCUCCUUGCGACCCGUGGAAUCUCAUCGAGCUCCACCUGAUCCUCCGCCGCAUCUCCGAAACAGACAUCAUCUACCGCGAGCAUCCCCGCCGACAUGAACGAAUUUACAUUGCCAUGGUCAACUGGAAUAAUGAAUUCAUCUUACGGAGCCAUCUCAGCAAGGCGAUUACGGAGCUUUCCUGGAAGCUCGGCCCGGACAACGUAUAUAUCAGCGUCUACGAGAGCGGCAGCUACGACAAUACGAAAGGCGCGCUGAUGGAUCUCGAUGCGGAACUGGAUCGGCUGCAUGUCCCGCGCAAUAUUACUUUGUCGCCCAUCACGCACGAGCAAGAGAUCGCCGCCGCCCCAGGCAACGAGGGGUGGGUUGUGACGCCUCGGGGCAAGAAGGAACUCAGGCGCAUUCCAUACUUGUCGCGAGCUCGAAAUCGCAGUCUGGAACCACUGCACGAGUUGGCCAAGCAGGGGAUAUAUUUUGAUAAGAUCUUAUUUCUCAACGACGUCGUGUUCACGUCCAAUGACGUGUUUGAGCUGCUCGAUACCAAUGAUGGAGACUAUGCAGCCGCAUGCUCCUUAGACUUCUCCAAGCCACCGUACUACUAUGAUACGUUCGCUCUGCGCGACGCCCACGGCCAUGAGGCCGUCAUGCCUACAUGGCCAUUCUUUCGCGAUUCUUCAUCUCGCUAUGCUAUGAAAAACUUAUUACCGGUGCCAGUAACGAGCUGCUGGAAUGGAAUGGUGGCAAUGCCGGCCGCACCUUUUCUGGCCAAUCCACCCCUUCGAUUUCGGGGGAUUCCCGAUUCACUAGCCGCUUUCCAUCUUGAGGGCUCCGAAUGCUGUCUCAUUCAUGCCGAUAACCCUCUAUCCACCCAACAUGGGGUCUACCUCAAUCCUCUAGUGCGUGUGGGCUACACUACUGCGGCGUAUGUGGCGGUCAACCCCAUCUUGAACUGGUUAUCCCCCAGAACCAUCUUGCAAGGAUUGUGGAUCAACAGACUACGUCGCUGGACGACGUUCACCUGGUUGAAGGAGCGAUUGCUUCACAAUCGAAUCGCCGAUUGGUCUCACCUAUCCCCUGAAAACAAAGAGCCCGGGCAGUUCUGUGUUAUUAACGAGAUGCAAAUACUGGACCCUCGGGGUUGGUACCAUGUAUAG